AGAGAUUCACGAAAAAAUGAACGCAUUUAUAAACAAUUAAAACCCUCUUGUUGAAAACAAAACAUUUACAACCCUAAAGCAACAAAAUUCAUCAUCUCCGUCGGCUUUGCCCUUGUCGUAUCGCAAACACUGAACUCAGCUUCGCCGUAUAAACAAUAAUCUGGCCGGAAAACGCAGCCGGAGUUCGUCGUUGGCCGCCAGAAACUGUGACGAAAGGAAAUAGCUUUUGUUUUUUCUUCAUUGCAAUGGAUUUUGAAUCAAAUUACGAUAUUGCCGCAACUGCUCACUUCAUUCUCACUCAUAAUUUCACCAGAGUUGCUUUACAAUUUCCAGAUGAUCUCCUGAAGGAUUCAACAAAAGUGGUCACUGUUUUGCGCAAGAGACUUCAAUCAUUGAGAGAAUGUGAUAUCACAGGUAGUGGGGAUGAGACAGAAAUCGGAUUGUAUGUGAUGGCUGAUACGGCCUAUGGCAGUUGUUGUGUAGAUGAAGUUGGAGCAUCACACAUUAAUGCUGACUGUGUCAUACAUUAUGGUCAUACAUGUUUUAGCCCGACAACAACUCUACCAGCUUUUUUUGUUUUUGGAAAGUCUUCCAUUUGUGCAGCCGAUUGUGUUGAAAGAUUGUCACAAUAUGCAUUGACAAAUAGCAAGCCUAUCAUGGUCCUCUUUGGGCUGGAAUAUGCACAUUCAAUACAACAGAUUAGAAAAGUGUUGUUAGAAUCGUCAACAUCUUGCAGAUCUGACUUCAAGUCAGAAUUUCACUUUGCUGAUGUUCCAUCAGCAUUUAUGUUUCCAUCAAAAGAUAUUAAAAAAUUAAAUGGGCUCCAAGAAGCAGCUUGUGAUUGCGGUCAUAAAUCCAGUUCUGAUGGGGCAAGUGGGACUGUAUACAAUAUCGGUGGUUUGACUUGGAAAUUACCGGAGGGGCAAAGUAUGGAAGACUACUCACUCUUUUGGAUUGGACAUGAUAAUUCUGCUUUUGCAAAUAUUGUGCUCACAUUCAAUGCCUGUGAAAUAGUCAGGUAUGAUGCAACUAAGAAUCAAAUGGUGACAGACUUGUCGCAACAGAGAAGGAUUCUUAAACGUAGAUAUUACCUGGUGGAGAGGGCUAAGGAUGCUAAUAUUGUUGGAAUUUUGGUUGGAACUCUUGGAGUUGCUGGUUAUCUACACAUAAUUAAUCAGAUGAUGGAGCUUAUUACUGGGGCUGGCAAGAAGGCCUAUACUUUGGUUAUGGGAAAACCAAACCCAGCAAAACUUGCUAACUUUCCUGAGUGUGAUGUAUUCGUAUAUGUUUCUUGUGCCCAAACUGCUUUACUCGAUAGCAAAGAGUAUCUAGCUCCAGUUAUUACUCCCUUUGAAGCAACAAUUGCUUUCAACAGGGGAAGCCAGUGGACAGGAGCCUAUGUAAUGGGAUUUGGAGAUCUAAUUAAUCUUCCUCAAGUACAAGUUGGAAACCAGGAAGAAGCACGGUUUUCAUUCUUACAGGGUGGAUAUGUUAAAGAUUUUGAAAAUCAAGAAAAUGUGGAGGAAGAAAGAGAAACUCUUGCUUUAGCCAAUGCGACGGAGAAGGCACUGCAGUUGCGGGACAACUGUAAUUCUCUAAUCAAAGUGGAUGCCAAAUCAGGAGCAGAAUUUUUCGCAAAUCGAUCUUAUCAAGGUCUGAAUAUGCCCGAUGAGAAUACGUCUCCAGAGCCAUUUUUCAUUGGAAGGAGUGGAAGGGCAGCUGGGUAUGAGGAUGAGAAGAACAAACACUGAUAUUUAUGUCAACUGGCUAAGGAUGUAUUACUUACUUGGUCCAUUGGAUUGUGAUGAAUAGGAAUAUUAGCAAGGUGCAUUUUGGGAAGGGAAAGAAGAGCAUAGACAUUGUUUGUUCUGUGAGCAGAAAUGUUCUCCAAUAUCUAUGUAUCUACAGUUUUUUUGUUUUAAUUAUUUUUGUCUCCCUCUCUCUCUUUCGGUUACAUCAAAGGUUAUAAAUGAUGUAUUUUUAUAUGGUAGUGGAAUAUGCCAUUGAUUUUUUAAUGUUCUUUUAACUCAAAGCAACCCCCAAACUAAGUUAUGUA